CGCCCAUUUUAGUUGCACACACAUGGCACCCCAAGCACUCCAACCCAAGCCAAACUCUCUCUCUCUCCUCUGCGGAUAAAGACCCAACUUAGGCCCUUAUCUCUCACUCUCUCACCGAUCGCUCCUCUGCCAUGGCUUAAUCAGCAAAUGUCACCCAAUGUCACCCUGGCACCUCUCUCUCUCUCCAGAUCUUUCCCUUUACUUAUAUGCUUUCCAACUCUCUUACACGCCUCUCUCUAUCUCUGCCCUCUUCUGCGAAGCAACAACCACAUCUAUUCUCAACGCCAACGUCAACGGCAGUCAGCGUAGCUACUCAGCCGCCCCUUCUCUCAUUUCUUUUUGUGUUACUUGAUGAUGCUAGCAGUCACAGGAAGCUUAGAGAUUGAUCAUCAUCCUCCCAUAGGUCCCACCAAUACCGUCGAAUUCGUUCCCAACAAUACCCUUGAAUUCCAGUUUGUUCCCAGCAAUACCCUUUCUUUGGAAGUAGUGUCCUACUUUUACAUUUCAACUUAAAGCAGUAAUUUUGAUUUAUCACAAAGCUGCGAUGGUUUUAACCUUCCAAGGUGUGUGCAUGUAUUAGUGUCUACAAUUUGUUUGUCUGUUUAGCUACUAUUUGUUCCAUACAACACAGUGGUGCCGCCUUACUCCCUAAGACACCACUGCCACCAACCCAAAAUCUGGUUAUUAGGUUUUUUUUUUUUGUGGCAAAAUAACAGUGGUUAUUAGCUAGGUAAAUUUUUACAUUUUUUUGCAUGUGCGAGUGAUUGUGGUGAUUAGCUAAACUUCAUUCUUGGCAUACGACAUUUAUUGAAAUAAUGCUACAACAAUACCAAUUGAAACUUUUUUUGCUCUUUGUUUUUUUAGUUUUAUUUUGUUCUUCUUUCAUCUACCUACU